AUGUGGUCUUCAUUGACACGGAAAGGCUACGUGCCGCUUUUAUCCCUCAACUCCAGAACACUACGUGCUACAUCCCCAAGACGACGACCUCAUGGUCCUUUUGACAGUCUAUUACUUACCUUCUGCUUUGGCCGUAGACUGUCAUACAAAUACGAUACAAGAUUAGGUCGAGACUGCAUCCGAAUCUUUACUCUUGAUCCCGGAAACAAGUGCGAUGAGCUCCGUGGUACAUUGCAGACACAUUUGCUCAAUGCAGCACCCAAGUACGAAGCUCUCAGAUAUGUAUGGGGCCCUCGCAAACAGACCAAGUCCAUCAAAUAUAACGGUCAAGACUUCAGCAUCACCGACAGUCUCGACACAGCUCUUAGACGGCUAAGGCUGUCCGGAAAACCACGUCACAACUCGUCUAACCGACGAGGCAUAUACGACAGAGAACCCGAUCAGAGGAGAUACCUUGAGCUCGUGAGGCUCGCCGCAGAAGCUAUUCCUCUCCCGGUAGAGCCAUGUUGGACAUCACCCGAGGAUUUCGAGUUCUUGGAAAGAAUGCUCAAAGCUCUUUAUCCGCAUGAUCUACCAGUUGUGGCGGCUGAUUUGGAAAUGCUCAGCAGGGUCGACUGUGAUUUUGUCAUGGGGCCGCAGCGAUUCGAAGAGUUGGUUCAAGCUUCUCAUGACAGCAAGAUGUUUGUUAUGGAAACGGGUUAUGUUGGUUUCGGACCGCGCUGCAUGAGGCCUGGAGAUAUAGUCUGUGUUCUGUUCGGAGGCAGGACGCCAUAUGUCAUAAGACCAACAGCGGUUGCAGACGAGUACUUGUUUCUUGGGCCAGCUUAUGUACAUGGCCUUAUGGACGGUGAGGCUAUUGAUGCUUGGGAGAAAGGCAAGUGGACCGAAAACCAAGAUAUUCAGGAAAGACUGUUCAAACUAUUGUAA